UUUUGUUGUUCUUUGCCAAACAAUAGAAGGCGAACGUACUCGGAAGUAAAUUAAACAAAAUCGGGCGACCGGAUCAGGCGUAAAUCGUUAAUUGUUCAAUUAAAUGCAGCUAAUGAGGCGCCGGGCUGCAUAGUGCGAUCGCAGAGUCACCGAGUGGACCGGGCCCCCUGGCGCUAUAGUCGUAAUCCGAACCCGAAUCGCUCCAUCGGGAAUCGUUAAUUGUGAAUCCGCGCGAUGAACAAAGUGGGCAAGCACAUCCAAAGCGGCAUCGGUGGAGCACCCAACGCGGCAUUGUCCACGGCAGCUCUACUGGGUACUCCGCUGGAGGCGACCAAUGGAGCUGGCUCGGCCAGCACAACCAAUGUGUUCAACUCCAUCAUGAGCUUCCUGCCGGACAAUCGACCCAUCACCUCGCUGCACAUCGUCGAAGAUUUCGAGCGCUGCCCGAAGAACUUCAGUGCCAUAAGCCGCACCUACGACCAGGAUUCGGAUGCGGACCUAUGGCGCGACUACAGUCUGUUCGGACGCCAGAACACACGCUACCUCUGCCUGUCCAAGUCCGAGGGCCUGCCGGAAUACGUGGUGGAGACCCUACAAGUGAUUUUGGAUAAAACGCCGCCGCCCAAGGAAUUCUCGCAGGUCUCCCGCACUGCCGACAGCGACCAGAAGGCCUGGCGCAAGCGGCAGCUGAUCUACAAGCUCUCCAAGCGCGGCACUGUGACCCAGGCGGUCACCGACAUAAUACUCUGCUCCAAGUUGAAGGCAGCGCCCGAUGGCUUUAAGCUGGCCGGCGAUAUCAACGGAGUGCUUAUCUGCUACAAAACGAGCGCGAUCCCAGUGCGCCUCUCGCCGCCAGUGCCAGGUGGAGGAUUGCCAGCUCCAGCCACCUGCGAGGUGGAGCAGGCCCUGAACCGCCUGAAUCUCCAGGGCCAACGCAACUCACGUGGACCACUGCCACAACCACCGACUGAACACCAUGACUAUGAGGAGAUCCAAGCCAACUAUCAAAUAAAGUCGCCACAGCGACCGGCUCCACCGCGGCCAGCGUGUUCCGGAGGAGGACACGGUACUUACGGCGGAACGGGCACCUUGGGCACCUACACCGAGCUGGAGGGAGUGCCUUUCGCCAUGGACGUUAGGCUGCAGCGCAACCAAGCUGUGAAUGAUAUACCUACACUGCCAGAAAUCUCUACGCUGCUCAAGUCCCUGGACUAUGACUUUCAGCUGGAACGUCAGAUCUUGUGCACCAUGAAGUCAUCGGCAUCUAAGAACCCGUUCUUUAAGUAAUAUCGCAAAUUGAUGGUUGGGCAAAUGUAAACAGCAAAGCAAAAGAACCGGAAAUGAGUGGAUUUUAUAUUUAGUUUAGCGUAAGCUUGAUCCAAUCGCAAAAAGAUGCGCGUGUGGCGUGUAGCUGCCAUGGUGAACCCAGUAGUUAUUCAGUUGGAAUUAAGUUCUGAGGACCCCGGCCCCUUAGAGUAAAAUGUGUGUAAUAUUCCUGUGCCUUCGAUAUGUAUCUAAUUUGGAUGCUCGCCCGAGCAAUCAACCGCCUCAGUUUCGUAGAACCCCUCAUUGGAAAGCAACCGAAUCAGAAUCCUACCUAUUUACAUCAUAGAAAUCAUUCAUAUACAUACAUGUAUCGAUUAACCCCAAAUCAAAUUGUGAUCAAAAGAGCGAGCGCAAUGUUUUGUCAUUAAUUUAGAAGCGCUACACAUAAGAUGGCUUUACUUUACGCAUUCGCAUAUGUAUUUCGAAAGGCCGAUGCAUAAGAUACAUGUGUAUACACCUAUGUACCACAUAUGUCCAUGAGUGUAAUGUUAAUGUUGAAUCAAGUCCAGAAAGCGGACUAAAGCUAAUAUAAACCUAGUACAUACAAGCAUAUAUCUAAUAUAUAUAUAUAUACACUCACGUUUAUAGGCCACAUAGCACUUAAAACCAGUUGGUUUUUAAAAACAUAUAUUACAUAUUAGCUCUAGUGACGAUUAGACUGUAUUACAAAAUCAUAGAUUCUUCCCAGCUGCCUCCGUCCCCGUCACCCGCAAUCCCAGCUCCUUUUCUACCCUUUACUCCCAAAAAAAUACCCCACCAUGUUAUAUAGCAGUUCAAAUACAAGAAAAAUAUAUAUAUACGCCACUGAAAUUACAA